CGCUACGGCCAUCAGUGCGCGGUCGAGUUGCUGCGAUUAAUCGACCGGAUAUUCGAUCCAAGUGCACUCGCUGCUGACACAGUAUCGGUGAUCUGCUGCGCCGACAUCAACCGUUCGGAACGUCCGACACCACAUCGAGUAGCAUUGACGAGUGCGAUUAGCCGUUUCGUUUAUUA